CCACCCCAGCGCCAGGUGUCCCGGGGUCGGGGUUCAGCGCCUCCGCUGGAUUUGCUCCGGCCCCUGGAACAAAGGGUGAGAAAGCGUCAGUGAAGGUCUUUUUACUGAGGAUCUUAAAGCACUUUAUGAACAAUCAUUAAUGAAGACUCAGCAGCCAUGGGAGGCAGGAUUUAUCAUAACCCAUACUGUUAAGUAAUGCUAAGAUACAAAAGAAAUUUAAAAAUCCAUCCGGAAUUCAGUGACACCCAAUACAGGCACCAGUGAGUAUGUCAUUCAGUCAAACUAGACCGCCAACAUCAGAGUUGGUAGAGCUUCAUGUUUUUUAUGUCCCAGAAGAAGUGUGGAACUUCACAUUAAAUACAGUUUCUGCAGAUCUUACUAGCAAAUUCAUUUCAGCUGGAUUUAUAAGGGUGCCUCGUCAUGUCACAUUGAGAGCACUGCGGGAGCAGCUUGGAGACUUCCUGGGUGAAGAUGCUGUUGCAGAUAAGUUUAUAUUUCUGAAACAUAUAGGGAAAAAGCUAGCAGUGGUGAAGGCAAAGCAAGAAACAGAACUGAAACUCAAGUUAUUUGCUCCCCCACAUGCACUUCAUCCCGAAUUAUAUUUGCUCCCUGGAGUGGACCACUUAGUAAUUGCUUAUUCAUCAUCAACAACUCCAGAUACACAGCACUUUAAUGCAGAAUCCCAUAGGUCUCCCCAUGGACCAAGUACUUUAAAUCUUCCAAAGAAAGAGCGUGAAAAAAGUCCAACAUUUCUAGAAAGUCCACAGGAAAAUACUCUCAUGCAGAAUCAGGAAGAUUCUAGUUCUUUAGGAUGGAGUGAGACAGAAAAAGAAAUGAUUUCAGUUUUGCACAUAAAACCUGAACAAAGCCUGAACAACAGGACUUGGGAAAAACAGAUUCCACGUAGAAGGAAAGACCAAAUUGGAUCUAAUGGAUCUCUCCACAUACCAAGUAGUUUAAAUCCCACAAAGUGGGAGUCUGGAAAAAAUCCUACAUCUUUGGAAAGUGCUCAGAAAAAUCAUCUAAGCCAGGAUCAGAAAGAAUCUAAUACACGUAGGUGGAGUCAAAAAGACAAAGGGACUAUUUCAGGUCAUCAUGUAAAACAGAGCACUGAACAAGCCAAGAACAAUGAGACUCAGGAAAAUCACAUUCCCCCUGGAAGAAAAGAAGAAAUCCCUAUGGUGGUGGCUGAAAAUGUGGAAAAUAGAGGCAAUCUAAAAGCUAUUAGGAUGGGAAGAAACACUACAGGGGAUUCCGGUAUUCCAGAAUCAUUGGAAGAUGGAGACAAGGAAUAUUUGCACAAUAAGAAAAGCCCUCAGCAGUCUGGAAUUAGAGAAUCUGUGACUGAUAUUGGUAUAAAACAGGAUGAUAAGACAGAUAAGAAUAACAUAAAUCGUCUUGAGUAUUCAAGUCAAUACAUUUCUCCUCCUCCUCCACCGUCUCUUUCUAUAAACAGAUCUCAAGUUCCCAUAUUUCAGACAGAGAAAAGCAAGAUGGUUGAACAACUGAAACAAAUGAAGGCAGAAAGAAGGCACAUGGAAAGAACUAGAGAGGAACUGGUUAAAAAAGCCAAAGGUUUGCUUGAACAAAAUAAGCUGAGGAGAUAUCAUGCUCGUGAUGCAUGGAAAAAGAAAUAUUUUGAAACUAAGAAAGCUACAGCUUCAUUGGAGGACAUUUUAAAUAAACUGCGACAAGAUGUAGAGCUUUACUAUCAAAAGUUACUGUUGCAGCUGGAAGCCAGAGAUAUCAGGAAACGACCAAACAAUUUAACACACAUUGCAAACGCCAAGAACACUACAAUCAUCCAGAUUACAACAGUGCAGCACGAAAUUGAUCAACUAAAGAGAAAGCUGGAUAAUACAAAAAUGAAACUCAUAAUAGAAAUUAAGAUGAGAAAGCAGGCAGCCUCUGAUUUACGAGCAUUGAGAGCAGAGCUGGCACAGAAGAAAAUUCAGUCAUCUUUAAUACUUCAGUCUGAAACACCAGUAUUUUAG